CCCUCCGCCACGCCCACUCAGUUGACACGUGUGUUUCAUAGCAGCAUGGCUUCAUCGGCUAAAAGACGAGCAGUAGGUUUGGGUGAAAAUCCCGAGGACAAUGAAAACAGCUCAGACGAGAAUCCAGAGGAGGAUGAGGGCUCCGGGGAGGAGGACAGUGAGGCAUCAGAGGAGGAAAUCAAUGAGGAGGUCGUUGUGGAUUUUGAAGCACACACCAUUUCACACAACGACUUCAACGGCGUAAAGAAACUGCUGCAACAGGUCUUCCUGAAGGCUCAUGUAAAUACAUCAGAGAUGACAGACAUCAUCAUCCAGCAGAAUCAUGUUGGGAGUGUCAUCAAGCAAGCAGAGGUGCCAGAAGACAGUGAUGAUGAUGAUCCAGAUGAAGUGUUCGGGUUCAUCACAAUGCUCAAUCUUACAGAGAGAAAGGGUGUACAGUGCGUGGAGGAUGUGAAGGAGCUGAUUGUGGAUCAGUGUGAGAAGAACGCCACUCAUAGUGUGACAGAACAGCUCGAGCAGAUCCUCAAUGACACCAGCAAACCUGUGGGGCUGCUGCUGAGCGAGCGAUUCAUCAAUGUACCUCCACAGAUUGCCCUUCCACUUCACAAACAGCUCCAGGAAGAAAUAGCUGAAGCUCAGAGGACAAAUAAGCCCAGUGGGAGGUGUCACUACUGCCUCAUGAUCAGCAAGACCUGCAAGGAGGCAACCAAGACAAUCCCAGCCAGAGGAGGAGCUCCCAAAGAGGAGUACAUGUUUGUCAAUGCAGAAGAGGAAUUCUUUUAUGAGCAAGCCAUCAUGAAGUUCCACUACUCAGUCCAGGAAGAGGCAGACUCCUGUUUGAGCGGCAGGUGGUCAUUUGACGACGUCCCCAUGAAGCCUUUCAGGACAGUGAUGCUGAUCCCCACAGACAGAAUGCCCGCCAUUAUGGACAAACUCAAAGAAUAUCUAACUGUGUGAACCUCGUAAUAAACAGAGACACCUGUACACACGUUGAAGAGUCCGAGGAUCAUGGAAAUCCUUCAAAUUACUCUACAGUUGGUCUAAGAGAAAAUGUUUCGGUACCAUCCGCAACAGCAGUACGUAGGGCUGUAGUCAACCAAAAAUGUACCCACUUGUCAACCAAUUGAUGAGUUUCUCCUAUGAAAGUAACACUGAUGAUUAAGUAAUGAGAAUUUGUUUGGAUGAGUGCUAAUCAACCAACUAAUUGAGCAGAUGACUUGGAGACUACAGCUCCAGUGGUGCUGUAAAUGUGACAUUUAGCAUGCAUCCCUUUUUUAGCCACGACUCCCGGGUCACUUCAGACAACGAAGAAGUAGAUCACAACAUACUGUACGAUUGGCAACUGUUCCAGAAUGUUACUAUGUAUAGAAAUAUAGCAUUAUGAAUCAGUUUCUACAGAUACUUUUACAUUAAGUUGUAAAAAUCAGUGAUUUAAAUUUCCACUUUGGGCAAAACGAGGUGGGAAUGUCAUUUUGGAUUUUUCAAAUGCAACCUUCACCUUAAAAGUAGAUUUUCCUUGAUAUCACUGUUGACAUUUAUUUUCAUAAACGUGUACAAAACUGCAGCUAUAAAGGAGUAAUAAAGUAAUAAUAGUUACUUGUUAUAAAAGAAGCAAAUUCUUGAAUAAUUGCUGAAGCACCAUUCUCCCAGGCAGCUUCCACUUUCCUUACAAGAAUUUGUCAUUUUCUUGCAGUGAUUUUUUAAUAAAUUAUCCCUGUGCAUGCUUUCA